UGGCGAGAGCUACGAAAUCGAGCAGCGUAUCUCCGCUUGCAUAUCUAAUUUUCCUAAUUCAAAAUACCUAAUAUUGCGGCGGCAGCUAUUGAAUAGAGUGUGCCAGUUUCGCGACUUCGAGCGCGCGCCAAAGGCAGAAUGAGCCGCCACGACUGCCCUGGUACAAAUCUACGACUAUCUCAGGUGCAGGACGAAGAUCUGAAGUCAUAUAUACGGCGAUGCGACGAUAUAGGGAUGCCCUGCCUGAUGCUGCAGUUAAUAGGCGCUGCCCAGUACAUCAUUGAUCGCGCGCAUCCUAACGGCAGAGCUCCCCCACUCAGCAAGGACUGGCUGUCACGGUGGUUAGAACGCAAUCCUGAUUGCCGCCGUAUGAAGCAGAAGUCGCAGAAUAUCAAUUGGACAGCUAUGGCGACGUUUGAAGUCUAUUCUCACUAUUUCACCGAGCUCAAGAAGGUGAUCUAUACCCACGGCAUCACCACAUACGACACAUACAACAUGGAUGAGACCGGCUUCCGCAUAGGCGUCGGUGGCAGCCAGUGGAUCGUUACUAUGGAGAUGAAUCGCCCUCAGGUCUCUGCGUCAGAGACUUCGCGCGACUAUAUCACCUCUAUAGAAGCGAUCUCUGGUGAUGGCCAGGUUCUUAAUCCUAUGCUCGUUGUGCAAGGCGUUAACCAUCUACACCAAUAGUACACCAACACCACGCUGCCCGAUAGUUAUAUGAUUGCCACGUCAACUUCGAGGUAUUCAAAUGAUACUAUAUCAAUUGAGUGGCUAACCUUACCAUGGAGUUUAUCGAGUACUGCGACAUAAACAACAUAAUCCCUUUCUCACCACCACCACACACAUCUCAUCAUCUACAGCCUCUUAAUGUUGUCUGUUUUCCGCCAUUAAAGCAGAAUCACAAGAAAGCUGUAGAGAUGGCUACACGUAC